UUGAAACCCUUCGCAUAAAUUUAAAAUCACAUCCACUUCACAUUUAACUCUACCAUUACACCCUAAGUUAUUGUUUUGCAAUAAGAGAAAUCCACUUAGCAUAAACCAAUUUUUGUGUUGAUUUUGCAUAACAGAAGCAGAGAUAUAAUAGAUUGUGCAUCCUAGAUUUACAUAAACAGUAAAUAUAGAAAUAUAGAGUUGUGGUCCUACAGGGUACAGAUUCCAAUCAGUGUCCUACACAAAGGUUUGAAUUUUGUAUGUAUCAAUCCUCCUACACACUAUGUUAGUCUUAUUCCACUUCCCACACUCACUUUCAGGUAAAUCAGGUCCAAAAUAGUCAACCUCCAACACAACUGAAUCUCAAAAACAGCAAUUAUAGCUCUCAAACACUAAUUUACACCAAACCAAAACAAAAAGGCAAAGAGAGAGAGAGAGAGUGUUACAAACACAGUGUUUGAGAGUGAGAGUGAGAGUGUGAGUGAGUGAGGAAAAUGGGUUUCACCUUCACCACCAUGACCCUGAACUUGCUCCUCCUCAUAGCUAUGGUGGCCACCAACAUUCUCUCCCUCUACCACCUCUCCUCCACCCUCCAAUCCCCCAAAUCCCCCAAACCACCCCCACCUGUCCCAGACCAACUCAUCCACCAGCUCCACACCAUACGCGCCACCAUCAACCACCUCACGCGCCUCCAGAAUUCUAACCCCUCCAAAAAAUCAACCAUCCCCUCAGAUCUACUCCUCUACUCACACCUCUCCCCAAUUGCUUCAUCAUGCCACAACCACCCCGAACUCCUCCAUAAAUACAUGACCUACACCCCCUUCUCUCUCUGCCCCUCCGAUUCCGACCUCGCCGAAUCCCUAAUCCUCCGCGGAUGCCACCCUCUCCCCCGCCGCCGCUGCUUCUCCCAAACGCCACAGAAACCCACCCCCUCCCUCCCCGACAACGCCGUCGUUUGGGACCACUACACCUGCAAAUCCUUCGAUUGCCUCAACAGGCAAAACCCUAACCUCGGCUUCGAACCCUCACGCGACGUUUCCAAGUUCAACUCUUACAAGAGCGACUUGGAUCUCCCGAUUAACCAGCUGUUUCAGAUCGCCAAGGCGGCGAAAUCGGUGCUCCGGCUCGGCCUCGAUGUCGGCGGUGGCACCGGGUCGUUCGCGGCCGCGAUGAAGCUCCGCAACGUGACGGUGGUGACCACUACGAUGAACGUGGCGGCGCCGAACAGCGAGGCCGUGGCGCUGCGGGGGCUGGUGCCGCUGCACGUGCCGCUUCAACAGCGGCUGCCGCUGUUCGAUGGAGUGGUGGAUCUGGUGCGGUGCGGGCGCGCCGUGAACCGGUGGAUCCCGGCGACGGUGUUGGAGUUUCUUCUGUUUGAUGCUGAUAGGGUGCUCAGGGGUGGAGGGUACCUUUGGGUGGACCACUUUUUCAGCAAACGGGUGGAUCUUGAGAAGGUUUAUGCGCCAUUGAUUGGGAAAUUGGGUUACAAGAAGGUGAAGUGGGCGACGGGGAACAAGACCGACGCUAGUGGCGUCAAAAAUGGUGAAGUUUUCUUGACAGCGUUGCUGCAGAAGCCUGUGUCCAGAUGAUGGUCGUUACACGCAAAUAAAGAUUGAUGAUAAGCAGGUGGGUUUAUCCGGAUUUGCUUGGUGAUAGAUGUUAAUGGGGCACGUAAUGAAGCAAUUUUCAUGCCCAGUGAUGGAUCAUAACCCGUUCAAACAAAAGAUAGAAAGAAGUCGAUGACAGGUGUAUAUCCGUGGGGACUUGGGGAACCUGGUUCAGGAAAUAGUUUUUUCUCAUCGUUUUUUUACUUCUAUUUCAUUAAAUUAUUAUGCCUAAUUAAUUUCUUUUCAAAUAAAUAUAAGAAACGCCAUUUUCUUUCUUCUUCGUUUUCAAAUAUAUAUAUUUUUUGCGGCGCUUGCUAUUUAUCAU